AUGUGGACCAAUCAGCUGGCUCGUCUAGAGCAGGCGGGCGUGCGGCGCGUGGCGUGCGGCGUGCGGACGCCCCUUCGGACCCGCUCGGCGCGGCCUCCUGAGGGCGGUGUUCGGCCUCCCGCCCGCUGUCUCCGCGCCGCAGGGGCCCCGGGCCCCCUCGCGGUGCCCACCCAGCCACCCGAGACUGGGAGACCCGAGCGACGAACCGGCGAGCUGAACGACGGGCUGUUAGGAGAGAAGCGUUUUGCGUGUGUACCCAGAGAGGUGGGGAGCGAUGGGGCUCGGGGCAUGGGGAAGCACCGGUUCUUCAUCCAGGUGCUGGGGUCACGGCCCCCCACCAUCCCUGCUGCUUAUGGGGACUUGGCUCUCAGCUCUCCGAGCUUCCUGCCCCCUCGUCACGGCCUUGCCCCCACCCGACGGCUGCUGGUCUCCCAGUACUCGCUGCUCUCUGAAGCGACCUUGCCUCAGGAGCUGUCCCCCCACUCGGGGACAGAAGUGUCUCAUGAGCACAUGGAACUGGGGCGCUGGGCGCGGGCGGCGCCGGUGGCCGGAGCGGCUUCGCCUGCGCAGGUCUCGCUCAUCAGCACAUCGUUCGUGCUCAAGGGGGACGCGACGCACAACCAGGCGAUGGUGCACUGGACGGGCGAGAACAGCAGCGUGAUCUUGAUCCUGACGAAGUAUUACCACGCAGACAUGGGGAAGGUUCUGGAAAGUUCUCUGUGGCGGUCGUCGGACUUCGGGACGUCGUACACCAAACUCGCUCUGCAGCCCGGCGUCACCACCGUCAUCGACAGCUUCUACAUUUGCCCAACGAACAAGAGGAAGAUCAUGCUGGUGAGCUCCUCGCUCGGCGACCGUGACCAGAGCCUGUUCGUCAGCACGGACGAGGGCGCCACCUUCCAGAAGCAGCUCGUCCCCUUCUCUGUGGAAACGCUGAUCUUCCACCCCCAGGAGGAGGACAAGGCCCUGGCCUACACCAAGGAGAGCAAGCUCUACGUGUCGUCUGACCUGGGGAAGAAAUGGACACUUCUGCAGGAGCGAGUGACCAAAGACCACGUGUUCUGGGCUGUGUCUGGGGUGGACGCCGACCCUGACCUGGUCCACAUGGAAGUCCAGGACCUCGGAGGAGGUUCCCGGUACGUCACCUGCCAGAUCCACAACUGCUCCGCCAAGACGCUGACGGCCCCGUUUGCGGGCCCCAUCGACCACGGCUCCCUCACGAUGCAGGACGAUUACAUCUUCUUUAAGGCCACCUCAGCCAACCGGACCAAGUACUACGUCUCCUUUCGUCGCAACGACUUCGUCCAGAUGAAGCUGCCGAAAUACGCAUUGCCCAAGGAUCUGCAGAUCAUCAGCACAGACGAGAGCCAGGUGUUCGUGGCCGUGCAGGAGUGGCACCAGACGGACACCUACAACCUGUACCAGUCCGGCCCGCGGGGCGAGCGCUACUCACUGGUGCUGGAGGGUGUCCGCAGCUCCCGUCAGGCCGAGGAGGACGUGGUCAUCGACAUCCUGGAGGUCCGCGGGGUGAAAGGCGUCUUCUUGGCAAACCGCAAAGUCGAUGGGAAGGUGGUGACGCUUAUAACCUACAACAAGGGCCGUGACUGGGGUCACCUGAGGCCGCCCAGCGAGGACAUGAACGGGAAGCCGACCAACUGCAAGCCUCCGGACUGCCACCUCCACCUGCACCUGCGCUGGGCAGACAACCCCUACGUAUCGGGCACCGUGCACACCAAGGACAACGCCCCAGGCCUCAUCAUGGGCGCAGGGAACCUGGGCUCACAGCUGGUGGAAUAUAAGGAGGAAAUGUACAUCACGUCAGACUGUGGGCACACCUGGCGGCAGGUGUUUGAGGAGGAGCACCACGUCCUCUACCUGGACCACGGCGGAGUCAUCGUGGCCAUCAAGGACACCUCCAUCCCCUUGAAGAUCCUCAAGUUCAGUGUGGACGAGGGCCUCACCUGGAGCACACACAACUUCACCAGCACCUCCGUGUUUGUGGACGGGCUGCUGAGCGAGCCGGGGGAGGAGACGCUGGUCAUGACCAUCUUCGGCCACAUCAGCUUCCGCUCGGACUGGGAGCUGGUGAAGGUGGACUUCCGGCCCUCGUUCUCCAGGCCGUGUGGCGAGGAGGACUACAGCUCCUGGGACCUCACCGACCUGCAGGGCGACCGCUGUCUCAUGGGCCAGCAGAGAAGCUUCCGGAAGAGGAAGCCCGCGUCCUGGUGCACCAAGGGCCGGAGCUUCACGUCGGCGCUGCGGACGCACGUGUGCGAGUGCCGAGCCUCGGACUUCCUCUGCGACUACGGAUUUGAGCGCUCCCCCUCUUCAGAGUCUGACGCAGGCCAGUGCUUUGCCAACUUCUGGUUCAACCCGCUGUCCCCCCCUGACGACUGUGUCCUGGGCCAGACCUACGCCAACAGUCUCGGGUACCGGAAGGUGGCGUCCAGCGUGUGCGAGGGCGGCGUGGACCUGCGGCAGAGCCCGGCCCAGCUGCAGUGCCCCCUGAUGCCGCCCCGGGGCCUGCAGGUCAGCAUCCGCGGCGAGGCGGUGGCCGUGAGGCCCGGGGAGGACGUGCUGUUCGUGGUGCGGCAGGAGAAGGGCGACGUCUUGACCACCAAGUACCAGGUGGACCUCGGGGACGGCUUCAAGGCCAUGUACAUGAACCUCACGUUGACCGGGGAGCCCAUCCGGCACCGCUACGAGAGCCCUGGCAUCUACCGCGUGUCCGUCAGGGCAGAGAACAUGGCCGGGCACGACGAGGCGGUGCUCUUUGUCCAGGUCAACUCCCCCCUGCAGGCCCUCUACCUCCAAGUGGUUCCCGUCGUCGGCGUCAACCAGGAGGUGAACCUCACAGCCGUGCUGCUGCCCCCGAACCCCAACCUCACCGUCUUCUACUGGUGGAUCGGCCCCAGCCUGCAGCCCUUGCUGUCCCUGGAUCACUGGGUGACCACGCGGUUCGUGGGCGCAGGGGACGUGCGUGUGACCGUGCAGGCCGCCUGCGGGAGCUCCGUGCUGCAGGACUCCAAGGUCGUCCGCGUGCUGGAUCAAUACCAGAUUGUGCCUCUGCAAUUUUCCAAGGACCUGGACGCACACAACCCCAACACCCCGGAGUGGAGAGAGGACGUCGGCCUGGUGGUCACCCGACUCCUCUCCAAGGAGACCGGCAUCCCUGAGGAGCUGCUGGUGACCGUGGUCAGGCCGGGACUGCCCACCCUGGCCGACCUGCACGUGCUCCUGCCCCCGCCCCGGCCCUCGAGGAAGAGGAGCCUUGUGAGUGACAAGAGACUCACGGCCAUCCGGCAGGUGCUGAGCGCACAGAAGAUCAGCUUCCUCCUGCGGGGCGGGGUCCGCGUCCUGGUGGCAGAGAGGGAGGCAGACACAGGUGCUCAGAGGCUGGGAAGGAGCAGUGGCUACUGGGCGGUGGCCGUCCUCUUUGUCAUCGGACUCUUCGUGGUGGGAGCCUUCAUCCUCUACAAGUUCAAAAGGAAACGCCCGGGCAGGACCGUGUACGCCCAGAUGCGCAACGAGAAGGAGCAGGAGAUGACCAGCCCCGCCAGCCGGCAGAGCGCCGUCCAGGGUGAGGGGUUUGUAGGUGAUGAUCUCGACUCGCAGACUCUAGGGAACCACUCGGGGGUGGUCCUGAGCAUCAACUCCCGCGAGAUGCACAGCUACCUGGUGAGCUGAUGCCAGCGGAGGCCGGAGCCCCGAACAGUCUCCUCUCUGUCGUUUCGUCCGCGUGGAGGGCACAGAACCACAGACACGGCCGGCACUGGUGCUGAGACCGGCAUCCCCUCGGGGGCCAGCUGAACGGCCUCCUCCUCCAGCUGCCCCUCCCUCCGUUCAGCCCCCUCCCACCCAGCUCACGGUCGCAGAGGCGGGGGGGCUGCUGCCCCCUGCCAUCCUGGACGCCAGGCCCAUGGCCUCCGCCCUGACUCCGGGCCCCAGGCAGCUGCCCCGGCUGCCCCACACCCUAUGGCCUCGGCCAAGGCCUGGCCUCUGGUGGCCAGUGCUGGUUCUCCCUGGGACAGGGAGGUGAGCCCCCCCUGGCUGCCUGCCCCCC